GGGUGGGGGCAAAAAAUUGUGCAAUUUCAAUAUAAGGGGCUGCCGAGUGCUGUCUGACUAUUACCUGCUUUGGUGUCAGCAAGCCCACGGUGGCAACCAUGAGGUGGAGAUGUGUGUGGUUGUGUUUCCUUGCUAUUGUCAUUGAUGUACAAGCCAGACUGGUUCGAAACCAUGUCAGCAGCAUCUGCAGCACAUGGGGCAGAGAGCACUUCAAGACCUUUGAUGGUGAUAUCUACCAGUUCCCUGGUAUGUGUGAAUACAACCUGGCCUCUGACUGCCACGAGUCCUACCAGGAGUUCUCUGUGCACAUGAAAAGGGAAGAGAAUGAUGGAGACCCUACAGUCAGUUACGUGGUGGUCACCAUCAAUGACCACUCAUUCCACCUCAGCAAGAGUCAGGUCACUGUGAACAGCCUGCCUGUCACAAUGCCAUACCACAACGCAGGGGUACAAGUUGAAAAAAAUGCUGUUUACAUCAAGCUUCAGUCCAAAGUCGGCAUCACAGUCAUGUGGAAUGGUGACGAUGCAGUGAUGGUGGAACUGGACAAUGACUAUGCUAAUCGAACUUGUGGGCUCUGUGGAGACUUCAAUGGUGUUCCAGUCUACAAUGAGUUCAUCCAUAAGGGUCGCAAAACUACUCCAAUUGAGUUUGGCAACAAACAAAAAGUCCAUCGACCAAACGAUGAUUGUGAGGACCCCUAUGAAGAGGAAACUGAAUCACUGGAGGCCGGGACUGUGCCAGAUUCAUGCAAGGAGUUUCAAACCACCUGUGACCAGAUGUUGCGUUCAGCGUCCUGGAGCUCCUGCACCAAACUGAUUAACCCUGAACUUUACAUCCAGGCCUGUGUGCAGGACAUGUGUGGCUGCACCAACAGAACAAAUGACUUCUGUGUCUGCAGCACAUUAUCUGAGUUCUCUCGACAGUGUUCCCAUGCAGGAGGGCAGCCUCCCAACUGGAGGACACCGCAGUUCUGUGAUAAACAGUGCCCAUUCAACAUGGUUUAUGAAGAGAGUGGUUCCCCUUGCAUGGAUACUUGCACACAUCAGGACACAAGUUCACUGUGUGAGGACCACAAAAUGGAUGGCUGCUUCUGUCCUCCUGGAACUGUGUUUGAUGACAUUUCCAUGAGAGGGUGCAUCGCUCAAUCUGAAUGUCAGUGCAAGCACGGUAAAAUCUAUGACUCUGGCGAGGUUUACCGAGAGGACCGAGUUGAAUGUAUGUGUUUGGAGGGUAGAUGGGCUUGUAAGAGCCUACAAAUGCCUUCUACAUGUGCAGUUGAAGAGGGUUCACAUGUAACUACCUUUGAUGGGAAAACCUACACCUUCCAUGGAGACUGUUAUUACACCCUAGCCAAGGUGGAAAGCAAGGAUGAAGCAAAUCCAGCGUUUACCAUUCUGGUCCAGUUGGUGCCAUGUGCAAAUGAAGAAUUUGACACUUGUCUUAAAACCCUUAAAAUCCUGCUGAACAAUGACAGAAACAAUGUAUUAAUAUUCACCUCAGAUGGCACAGUAAAGCAGAAUACUCAGACCAUCAGUUUGCCAUAUCACUCAGGUGACCUCAACAUAUUCCACGCUUCAUCCUUUCACAUUUUGCUCCAGACCAGUUUUGGGUUGCAAAUUCAGGUCCAACAUGUGCCUAUCAUGCAAGUCUACGUCAACCUUGACCAGAGCUACAGAACAAAGACGCGCGGUUUAUGUGGGAACUUCAACAUGGUCCUGUCUGAUGAUAUGAAGACACCUCAGGGGAUUGUGGAAGGUACAGCAGUGACCUUUGGUAACUCCUGGAAGGCUAACCUCAUGUGUCGAGACAGAGAGGAAAGACUUGAUGACCCUUGUUCCCUCAGUGUGGAAAAUGAGCAGUACGCUAAACACUGGUGCGCCUUGCUACUGAGUCCAAAUAGUACCUUUGCACAGUGUCGUUCAGUGGUGGAUCCUGAGAUGUACUACAAGCGAUGUACAUAUGCUAGCUGUAACUGUGAGAAGAGUGAGGCCUGCCUGUGUGCCGUCCUCUCCUCUUAUGCACGGGCUUGUGCAUCAAAGGGAGUGUUCUUGACAGACUGGAGAGAGAGUGUGUGCGAAAAAUACACAAGGAACUGCCCAGCAACUCAGACCUUCUCUUACAAGCAUCAGAGGUGCCAGUUGACUUGCAGAUCACUGGGCUCAAUGCAGCAGAGCUGCACUUCUGAUUUCUUGCCUGUGGAUGGCUGCUCCUGCUCUGAGGGUCUCUACCUAAAUGAAAAUGGCAUCUGUGUCCCCAUGGCAAAGUGUCCCUGUUACCAUAACGAAGUGUACAUUAAGCCUGGAAAGUCCAUCAGCAUCAGAGACGAGCACUGUGUGUGCACCAAUGGAAUGUUUCAUUGUCAUUCUUGGAGAGCCCGCUUAUCAGCAUGCCCUUUUCCAAAAGUAUUCGUCAACUGCUCCACUGCUGGAACAGGAGAGCUUGGAGUGCAAUGUGCUCAAACUUGUUUGAAUCUGGACAAUGAUGAUUGUGACUCCACGGAGUGUGAAUCUGGCUGUCAGUGUCCCAGUGGCCUCAUUGAUGAUGGCAAAGGUUCCUGUGUGAAAGAACAUGAAUGUCCAUGUCAGCACGGUGGGCAUCUAUAUGCCCCAGGAACACAAAUUCCAAACCAGUGCAACAACUGUACCUGCAAAAGUGGAAAGUGGGAGUGCACAGAUAAAAAAUGUCCAGGAACUUGUGUUAUCUAUGGGAGUGGUCACUAUAGUACAUUUGAUCAGCGACCAUAUGCCUUUCAAGGAGAGUGUUCCUAUGUUGCUGUCAAGAACAAAUGUGGCAAUAAAACAGUACAGGAUGUCUUUGGAGUUAUCACAGAAAAUGUACCAUGUGGAUCUACAGGCACCACAUGCUCCAAAACUAUCAGAAUCCAACUGGGGCGAGUGGAAGUCAAACUAUCAAAGGGUAAAUACCAAGUGGAGGACCUGGGACAUGGCUCUCAAAUUCAGUACAAAAUAAGGGAGAUUGGCUUGUAUCUGGUGAUAGAUUCUGACAUUGGCCUGGCAGUGAUGUGGGAUCGCAAAACAACUGUUUACAUCCUUCUGGAACCACAGCACAGCGGAGAGGUAUGUGGUCUGUGUGGAGAUUUUGAUGGUGAUGGCCAGAAUGACUUCACCACCCAGGGUCAGCUGGUAGUGAACAAUCCUAUAGAAUUUGCAAACAGCUGGAAGGUGUUGAGCAGCUGCCCAGAUAUGGAUAUGAAUGCUGACCCUUGUAUAGCAGCACCCAAUCGACAUCACUGGGCAAAAGUGAUGUGUAGCAUUAUAACAGGAGACACGUUCAAAGACUGCCACAACAAGGUAGACCCUCGUCCAUAUCAUGAAAACUGUGUGAAAGACUCAUGUGCCUGUGACACUGGAGGAGACUGUGAGUGUUUCUGUACAGCAGUUGCAGCCUAUGCUCAAGCUUGCAAUGAAGCUGGUGUUUGUGUGGCAUGGAGAACUCCAGAAAUCUGUCCUGUCUUUUGCGAUUAUUACAACGGGCCAAAUGAAUGCAGGUGGCACUACAACCCUUGUCACACACCUUGCUAUAAGACCUGUUUGCAUCCACAAGGAAUUUGUAGCAACCCUAUACCUCAUCUGGAAGGCUGUUACCCUGUAUGCCCAGAAGAUAAGCCCAUAUUUGAUGAGGACAACCAGAUAUGUGUGGAGAAAUGUUCUGGUUGCUUUUACAAUGGGACUAGAUAUGAAGAAAAUGAAGUUAUUUACAAUGUGACUGAUAAUUUGGGAAUGUGCUACCAUGCAAUCUGCAUCAAUGAAACAGUGAUACAUGGAAAUGAGACCUGCCGUACUUCAACUACAACACCACCAACACAAUCAACAACUACUGCCACUACUACACCCUCUACUACAACUGAAAAACCAAGCACAACAACAUCUACAACCCCAACACCCAAACCUACUACUACAACUAAAGAGACUACCACAACCAUAAAAACUACAACUCCACCAACAGAACCUACGACUACUCCGUGUAUUAGACCAUGUGAGUGGUCAGAAUGGUAUGAUGUGCAUAACCCAGAAAAGGACAAAAGUGACUGGGAAACAUAUGAGAACAUCACAAACAAUGGUAAACAAAUAUGUGAAAAACCCAAAGAAAUUGAUUGUAGAUCAGCAGAUAUUCCUGACAAAGACUUCAAUGACUUUCUGGGUGAAACUGGCCAAAUUGUUGCUUGUGAUGUGGGAUAUGGUUUAAUAUGUAGAAAAGAGGACCAGUUAAAGCCUCCACGAAAGUGCUUCAACUAUAAGAUCAGAGUAUGUUGUGACGUAGGACUGUGUAUGUCCACAACCCCUUCAACGCCGUCAAUGGAACCUCCCACUACAACUGAAAAACCAACAACAACUACAAAAUCUAUAACCCCAUCAACUGAACCUACAACUAAUACUGUGGAGCCAACCACAACAACAUCUACAACUCCACCAACCCCGCCACCUCAACCUACUACUACAACUCAAGAGCCAACCACAACCAUAAAAUCUACAACCCCAGGGCCUAAACCUACUACAACAACAGAAGAGCCAACCACAACAUCUACAACCCUACCACCCAAACCUACUACCACAACAGAGGAACCAAGCACAACAUCUACAACUCCACCCAUACCUACUACUACAACAGAAGAGCCAACCACAACAUCUACAACCCCACCACCUCAACCUACUACUACAACAGAAGAGCCAACCACAACAACAUCUACAACCCCACCCAUACCUACUACUACAACAGAAGAACCAACCACAACAACAUCUACAACCCCAACACCCAAACCUACCACUACAACUCAGGAGCCAACCACAACCAUAAAAUCUACAACCCCAGGGCCUAAACCUACUACAACAACAGAAGAGCCAACCACAACAUCUACAACCCCACCACCUCAACCUACUACUACAACUCAAGAGCCAACCACAACAACAUCCUCAACCCCAACACCCAAACCUACUACUACAACUCAAGAGCCAACCACAACCAUAAAAUCUACAACCCCAGGGCCUAAACCUACUACAACAACAGAAGAGCCAACCACAACAUCUACAACCCUACCACCCAAACCUACUACCACAACAGAGGAACCAAGCACAACAUCUACAUACCUACUACUACACAGAAACACCACAUUACCUAACUACUACUACAACAGAAGAGCCAACCACAACAACAUCUACAACACAAAACCAACCACCAACAUCUACAACCCCAAACCUACCACUACAACUCAGGAGCCAACCACAACCAUAAAAUCUACAACCCCAGGGCCUAAACCUACUACAACAACAGAAGAGCCAACCACAACAUCUACAACCCCACCACCUCAACCUACUACUACAACUCAAGAGCCAACCACAACAACAUCUUCAACCCCAACACCCAAACCUACCACUACAACUCAGGAGCCAACCACAACCAUAAAAUCUACAACCCCAGGGCCUAAACCUACUACAACAGAAGAGCCAACCACAACAUCUACAACCCCACCACCUCAACCUACUACUACAACUCAAGAGCCAACCACAACAACAUCUACAACCCCAACACCCAAACCUACCACUACAACUCAGGAGCCAACCACAACCAUAAAAUCUACAACCCCAGGGCCUAAACCUACUACUACAACAGAAGAGCCAAUCACAACAUCUACAACCCCACCACCUCAACCUACUACUACAACUCAAGAGCCAACCACAACAACAUCUACAACCCCAACACCCAAACCUACCACUACAACUCAGGAGCCAACCACAACCAUAAAAUCUACAACCCCAGGGCCUAAACCUACUACAACAACAGAAGAGCCAACCACAACAUCUACAACCCCACCACCUCAACCUACUACUACAACAGAAGAACCAACCACAACAACAUCUACAACCCCAACACCCAAACCUACCACUACAACUCAGGAGCCAACCACAACCAUAAAAUCUACAACCCCAGGGCCUAAAUCUACUACAACAACAGAAGAGCCAACCACAACAUCUACAACCCCACCACCUCAACCUACUACUACAACUCAAGAGCCAACCACAACAACAUCUUCAACCCCAACACCCAAACCUACCACUACAACUCAGGAGCCAACCACAACCAUAAAAUCUACAACCCCAGGGCCUAAACCUACUACAACAACAGAAGAGCCAACCACAACAUCUACAACCCCACCACCUCAACCUACUACUACAACUCAAGAGCCAACCACAACAACAUCUACAACCCCAACACCCAAACCUACCACUACAACUCAGGAGCCAACCACAACCAUAAAAUCUACAACCCCAGGGCCUAAACCUACUACAACAACAGAAGAGCCAUCCACAACAUCUACAACCCCACCACCUCAACCUACUACUACAACAGAAGAACCAACCACAACAACAUCUACAACCCCAACACCCAAACCUACCACUACAACUCAGGAGCCAACCACAACCAUAAAAUCUACAACCCCAGGGCCUAAACCUACUACUACAACAGAAGAGCCAAUCACAACAUCUACAACCCCACCACCUCAACCUACUACUACAACUCAAGAGCCAACCACAACAACAUCUACAACCCCAACACCCAAACCUACCACUACAACUCAGGAGCCAACCACAACCAUAAAAUCUACAACCCCAGGGCCUAAACCUACUACAACAACAGAAGAGCCAACCACAACAUCUACAACCCCACCACCUCAACCUACUACUACAACAGAAGAACCAACCACAACAACAUCUACAACCCCAACACCCAAACCUACCACUACAACUCAGGAGCCAACCACAACCAUAAAAUCUACAACCCCAGGGCCUAAAUCUACUACAACAACAGAAGAGCCAACCACAACAUCUACAACCCCACCACCUCAACCUACUACUACAACUCAAGAGCCAACCACAACAACAUCUUCAACCCCAACACCCAAACCUACCACUACAACUCAGGAGCCAACCACAACCAUAAAAUCUACAACCCCAGGGCCUAAACCUACUACAACAGAAGAGCCAACCACAACAUCUACAACCCCACCACCUCAACCUACUACUACAACUCAAGAGCCAACCACAACAACAUCUACAACCCCAACACCCAAACCUACCACUACAACUCAGGAGCCAACCACAACCAUAAAAUCUACAACCCCAGGGCCUAAACCUACUACAACAACAGAAGAGCCAACCACAACAUCUACAACCCCACCACCUCAACCUACUACUACAACAGAAGAACCAACCACAACAACAUCUACAACCCUAACACCCAAACCUACCACUACAACUCAGGAGCCAACCACAACCAUAAAAUCUACAACCCCAGGGCCUAAAUCUACUACUACAACAGAAGAGCCAAUCACAACAUCUACAACCCCAACACCCAAACCUACUACUACAACUAAAGAGGCUACCACAACCAUAAAAUCUACAACCCCACCAACCGAAAAUACAACUACAACAGAGAAACCAAGCACAACAACAUCUACAACCCCAACACCCAAACCUACUACUACAACAGAAGAGCCAACCACAACAUCUACAACCCCACCACCUCAACCUACUACUACAACUCAAGAGCCAACCACAACAACAUCUACAACCCCACCCAUACCUACUACUACAACAGAAGAACCAACCACAACAACAUCUACAACCCCAACACCCAAACCUACUACUACAACUCAGGAGCCAACCACAACCAUAAAAUCUACAACCCCAGGGCCUAAACCUACUACUACAACAGAAGAGCCAACCACAACAUCUACAACCCCACCACCUCAACCUACUACUACAACUCAAGAGCCAACCACAACAUCUACAACUCCAACACCAAAACCUACUACUACAACUCAAGAGCCAACCACAACAACAUCUACAACCCCACCCAUACCUACUACUACGACGGAAGAACCAACCACAACAACAUCUACAACCCCAACACCCAAACCUACUACUACAACUCAGGAGCCAACCACAACCAUAAAAUCUACAACCCCAGGGCCUAAACCAAGCACAACAACAUCUACAACUCCAACACCAAAACCUACCACUACAACUCAGGAGCCAACCACAACCAUAAAAUCUACAACCCCAGGGCCUAAACCUACUACAACAACAGAAGAGCCAACCACAACAUCUACAACCCCACCACCUCAACCUACUACUACAACUCAAGAGCCAACCACAACAACAUCUUCAACCCCACCCAUACCUACUACUACAACAGAAGAACCAACCACAACAACAUCUACAACCCCAACACCCAAACCUACCACUACAACUCAAGAGCCAACCACAACAACAUCUACAACCCCACCCAUACCUACCACUACAACAGAAGAGCCAACCACAACAUCUAUAACACCACCACCUCAACCUACUACUACAACUCAAGAGCCAACCACAACAACAUCUACAACCCCACCCAUACCUACUACUACAACAGAAGAACCAACCACAACAACAUCUACAACCCUACCACCCAAACCUACUACCACAACAGAGGAACCAAGCACAACAACAUCUACAACCCCAACACCCAAACCUACUACCACAACUAAAGAGCCUACCACAAUAACAUCUACAACCCCAACACCCAAACCUACUACCACAACUAAAGAGCCUACCACAAUAACAUCUACAACCCCAACACCCAAACCUACUACCACAACAGAGGAACCAAGCAUAUCAACAUCUACAACUCCAACACCCAAACCUACUACUACAACUGAAGAGCCAACAACAACUACAAAAUCUAUAACCCCAUCAACUGAACCUACAACUAAUACUGUGGAGCCAACCACAAAAACAUCUACAACUCCACCAACCCCGCCACCUCAACCUACUACUACAACUCAAGAGCCAACCACAACCAUAAAAUCUACAACCCCACCAACCGAAACCACGACUACAACAGAGAAACCAAGCACAACAACAUCUACAACCCCACCACCUAAACCUACUACCACAACAGAAGAGCCUCUGACUACAACCAAGGAGCCAGCUACUGUUUCCACAACUUUAAGUGUUGCCACUGGUCCUACAGUACCAUCCACAACAGUGAAUUAUCCAACGGUCCCCAUUGUCAGCCACCCUACAACUCUUACAUCAACAAUAACCACAAGGAGUUCCACCACAGAAUGCUUCUGUGUAGUUGAUGGAAAGCAGUAUAAGCCAGGGGAGGUAAUAUUUGACAGGAAACACCUUGGAUCAGGUGUAUGUCUCACAAUGAUAUGUUCUGACAUUUGUGAGAUUCACAACAAGACUGAAAUUUGCACCACACCUAGGCCUACACCUACACCUACACUUAUACCGAGACCUACCUGCCCUGAAUGGGAUGUGGUGCAAAACGAGACCUUCUAUUUAUGCAACUGCACCAUGGCCAGAUGCAUCGAGAACAAUACAAUUGAAAUCAUUCCAUAUGAAUGUCCACCCAUUGAGAACAUCACUUGUACCAAUGGAAAGAAACCAGUUCUUGUUGAUGAUGAGUACCACUGCUGCCAACAUUAUGCCUGUGACUGUGUGUGUGAAGGCUGGGGAGAUCCUCAUUACAUCACAUUUGAUGGAUUGUACUACAGUUAUCAAGGAAACUGUACUUACAUUUUGAUGGAAGAGAUUUUUCCAAAACAUAAGCUGAGGAUUUAUAUUGACAAUGUUUUUUGUGAUCCCACUGAAGACGUUUCUUGUCCGCGAUCAAUAAUUGUAUCAUACCAAUCGCAAGUUGUCACACUUAUUAAUCAUAACCUUAUUGGAGCACCACAGUUGGAGGCACUGAAAAAUGGAGUACGUCUGAAACUACCUUAUUCACAAUAUGGUGUUAAGAUUUUGAGCUCUGGCAUUAAUUUGGUUUUGGAGAUCCCUCACCUGAAAGUGGUUGUUACAUUUGGAAUGACUGGCUUUAGUGUUACCCUUCCAUAUGAACACUUUGGGAGUAACACACAGGGCCAUUGUGGAACAUGCAAUAACAACCAGGCGGAUGACUGCAAAUUGCCUAAUGGCCAGCUGGUGGGAAGUUGUGCAGUAAUGGCUGACUAUUGGCUUGCAAAAGACAUUUACCAACCCAGCUGUGAGAUACCAAAUGUACUGCCCACCAACGCACCUCAACCUCCACCAACCUCAACUCCAUGCAGGCCAGACUCAGUGUGCGACCUGCUGAAGAGCAGUGUCUUUGCAGCAUGCCAUCUCUUUGUCUCCCCUGACCAUUUCUACCAAGGUUGUGUUUUUGAUAGCUGUCAUGUUUCCAACCCAACAGUGGAGUGCACAAGUUUGCAGACUUAUGCUGCUGCCUGUGCUCAAGCUGGAGUUUGCCUUCACUGGAGGAACCACACCACACUGUGUGCAAGUGACUGCCCAACAAAUAAAGUAUACAAGCCAUGUGGUCCUGCAGAACAGCCAACCUGUGAAGACAAUCCUAAUGAACCAACUAUGAACUUCACUACUGAGGGCUGCUUUUGUCCUGACGGAAUGAAACUCUUCAACAAAGAGUCUGGCAUAUGUGUUGAUAAGUGUGGAUGUCUUGACCCUGAGGGCAUUCCUCGUGAGUUUAAUGAGAGGUUUGAGUACAAAUGCCAAAACUGCAUCUGUCAAGAGUCUACCAAGACUGUGACUUGCAAACCUAAGGUGUGCCCAGCACCACCUGUAGCAAACUGCACUGGUCCAGGGUUUGUCCUUGUCAACCAAACGAAUCCAUCAGACCACUGCUGCUCUUCCUAUGUUUGCCAAUGUCAAAGCAACACUUGUCCAGUUAACAACAUGAAUUGUCCAGUUGGAUAUAGGCCAGUUGUCAGUGUCCCUGCGGGAAAAUGCUGUCCAGAACAUACAUGUGAGCCCAAAAGGGUUUGUGUCCAUAAAGAAGUUGAAUACCAGCCUGGUUCUUCAGUUCAUGUGCAAAUAUGUCAAGACUGCACCUGUUCCAAUGAGGUGGACCCCCAUUCUGGUCUAUUCAAAAUAGUUUGCGAGUUUCAACAGUGUCAAGAAAAUUGUGAUAUGGGAUAUGAAUAUGUGGAAACUGAUUCAGAUGAAUGCUGUGGGAAGUGUGUACAGACACAAUGUGUCAUCAGUGUUAAUGGUACCAAGAAACUGUUGAAGCAAGGAGAAACCUGGUCACUACCUGAGAAUAAAUGUGAGCUUUACACCUGCAUUAAGAGUGGUGAGACUUUAAUAACGAUCAAGUCGCAUAUUGUAUGCCCGCCUUUCCAGCAGAACAACUGCCAACCUGAUACAAUUCAGACUGCAGCAAACGGCUGUUGUAAAAUUUGUGUGGAGAGGGAGAAAGCCUGCAAGUUACUAUCCAUGAAAACCCUUGUUACACACAAAGGCUGUCAGUCUUACCAGGAAGUAGAAAUGCCAUAUUGUGAAGGAUCCUGCAACACUUUCACCAAGUACUCUAAAGCUGCAGCUACUAUGCAGCACUCUUGCUCUUGUUGUAAGGAGACACGUUCCAGCAAUCGCACUAUUGACUUGCAUUGCCUGAAUGGAGAUGUGGUUCCCUACUCAUACAUCCAUGUGGAAGAGUGUGGCUGUGGCCACACAGACUGCACCAGAGCUGCUCGCAGGAGGCGAAGCUUCACACUAGUGUGAUUAAAAAAAUCAACAGAUUAAUGGAAGUGGAAUGUAAAAGUUCUUCCCUUACUGUUAUAUCAUAAUCAUUACAUCUCUUACUUAACUCUCACUGUAGCAAGAUUAUUUAUCAGUUAUUCAAAUAAAAAGAUGCAACUAUG